AUGGAUGAAGAUGAAAUGCGGCUUCCAAACUUUCAUCUUGGUCAAGACAUCAUCACUUAUCUGACCAAUAUCAGGAAGGUAGUCUUCUCUCAGACCCAGCACAGAGACGUAACAAUAAUACUGGGCAACCCAUCUUGCGAUCUUGACAGCAUUUUAUGCGCUUUCACGCUUUCUUACUUCUAUAAUGCUAGGCCAAACGCGUCCAAACAUCACAGAAACCCAAUAUACGUGCCGGUGCUGAAUUUGCCAUUCAUACAUACAGGCGAUCUAUGGCGCCUUCGACCAGAGUUAGGAGUAGCUGUUCGGGGUGCCGUUGAUGGGUUGACGCCUCAGUCUGAAGAUGGACCAUCAACGGAGGUCAAGGCUCGGGAGCAACAGCGCGACAAGACACUACUCGAAAACUUGAUCACGAUACACGAGCUCGCGAACAACGAGAAGACACUACCAGCUCUGAAGAAAGCGUUUGCACCAUCCGACCACUUCACUACUACCAAAUCGACGGACAAGGUCGACGUUAUCCUUGUGGAUCACAACGCGCCCUCAAUUGAGUCUAUCAAUGAAGAAGACAUCGAAAACCGCUUCAACAUGGUGGGAUGCAUAGAUCAUCACGUCGAAGAAGAUUACGUGCCGAGAGAAGCCAAACCACGGAUCGUACGCUUGGGCAUUGGCAGCUGUCAAUCUCUCGUCACUCAACACCUACGUAAUAUCAAUCUAUGGACCGUAGACAAGGAUCAUGAAAAUUUGCCAGGGUUCAGACAGAUAUCGAGGUUAGCACUGACACCCAUCUUGAUCGAUACCUGGGACUUGAAAGCUCCUGGCGACAGAGUUUCUGAUGUGGAUCGAGAUCAGGUUGCCUUCCUGGAUCCGCAAACAGGGGACGAUUUCGAUCGAGAAGACUUGUUCCAACAAGUACAGACAGCAAAAUCGGAGUCUUUGAACUUACUCCAUAUGCAAGAGAUAUUCAAUCGAGAUUACAAAUCGUACCUGGAACGACCGCAAGAUGGAAAGCAGCUAUUCAUCGGAAUUGGAAGUGUCGUACAAGAUCUUGAGUGGCUGUCGCAGCACGCAGGAGGCAAGCAAAACCUGAUCAACGAGAUUGAAACCUUUGCUAAGAAGGGCGACAAGCAACUCGAGAUAUUUGGGUUGUUGACCAGAUCUGGUGUUCGCAAGGAAGUCGCCUUCUUCACUUUUGGAGAGCACGGGGCUCAAGCUAUCGACGUGUUUGAGAAGAACGCAGAUGUUCUGCAACUACAGCCAUGGGACGAAGAUCGCGAACUCUCAAGUCUGCUUGACAAUAAGAUCGGUGAUAAGUUCUGGAAAGUAUGGUGGAUGGGUGAUACUACAAGAAGCCGGAAGCAGGUUGCGCCUCUCAUUCGAGACGCCUUACAGGGGACUUCUGCAGCAAAUCACUAG